AUGGGCCAUUUGAUCGCCGCUCUGCACACCAACGUCAGCAAUAUUCAAAUCAGCAACACCCAGGCUCCUGGAUGGAUAGGUCUGAGAAAUAGCAAUGUCACUGCAAACGCCGGAAGUGCCAACCGCGUGAGGAGACCCAGCACCAAUGCACUUGAGCAGCGUCGCAAAAGCGCUGCAGGUCAAGCCAACCGAGGAAGAACUGAAGCUUUAGUGUCCAGAAAGGAUGUCGUCAGCGUCAGUCCCUUAUUCCAUUCGUUCUCCCUACUGCCGCGAGAGCUUCAAGAUGAAAUCCUCUACCAUGCAAUUGGGUACACGGGAAACGUCAACAUCAUACGUGCAGUUCAAGUCAAGGAUGAUCCAUCAAUGUCCAGACCGUCUGUCACGAUCUCAAAGUUGUUCCGGAUAUCAAAGAUGAUCAACGAGCAUAUGGUAGCACAUAUCUUUCGCAGCACGAACUUCCACUUCGGUAUAACAGGCUUCACGAACUUCAUGUGGCAGAUUGGGCCCGUCAAUCGAUCCUAUUUGCAGAAUUUGACCUUCCGUUUCGGCAAAGUUUCUCUGUUGCACUGCGUACGCUGGCUCGCACCCGAUCCUAUCUGGGAGCUUUUUGAGCCCCCGGUUACAACCAGCCCGCUUACCAUGGCCUACUUCUGGCGCUGCCAGCUUCAGGACCUGAUGAAAGAAUUGACGCUAGUGACACUCACGGUUGAUAUUGGUGAUGUGCCGCUUGCAGACGUGCCUAUGCUCGUCAGGACUCUCAGAUCCGCAAUCGGCAGCGCGAAACAUAUCCGUAUCGUCGACAACAGCUGCUCGGUAGAUGAGACUAGGGGUUGUGCGGUUGCUCAAGCUCUACACAGGCGCUUUCCGGACUUCCAUGAACCUACAUGGCGAGAGUUGGCUAACAAAUACUACGCCGAUUAUAAGCAUCAGCGAUGGCACAUGAAACACAAAUUGACCCAGCAUGGGGUAGACGCCAGCCCAGUAUUGAAUGAGUGGAUGGACCAGAAUAGUGCCUUCUUCGAUGCUUAG